UUUAAAUAAUGAUUAGCUUACGUUAUGAUGUAACUUUCAAUUGUAAUUGAAUCAACAAUCAGUUUAGAAUUUCAUUUUUAUUCUUUGUUCAGUUUAAUUGAUACUUUUCUUGUUCCCUCGAUUUACUUCUCAGUAAGACUUACAAUAUAAUAGCUUAAAUUAUGGCUUCUGUAAGCAAUACCGGCUCAUUGAUUGCCUAUCUCCAUCCAGUAGUUAUAAUGAAUAUUUCAGACCAUUGGACUCGAUUAAAGGUUCAAAAUACUGGCGACCAACAGGUCAUUGGUGCUUUGAUUGGUAAACAAGAAGGUAGAAAUAUCGAAAUUAUGAGUUCCUUUGAGCUUCUCUUCGAUCGUGUGGAAGGCGACAUAAUCAUUGAUAAAGAGUACUACUUCCAGAAAGAAGCCCAAUUCAAGCAAGUUUUCCCUGAUCUCGAUUUUAUUGGUUGGUACACAAUUGGAGAUGUCCCUAAUGAUUCUGACAUUAAAGUACAACAACAGAUCUGUGAAAUCAACGAAUCACCGAUAUUCUUGAAGCUUAACCCUUAUAGUCCUCACUCAAAAUUGCCAGUUAACAUGUACGAAACAGUUAUUGAUAUUGUCAAUGGAGAGGCAAAAAUGCUAUUUAUUGAUCUCAACUAUUCAAUCAAAACCGAAGAAGCCGAGAGAAUAGGCCUUGACCAUAUUGCUACAUUGUCAUCUGUUACUGAGGGUCCCGAGUGUCAAAGCUCAGUUAUCUCAGAGCUUCUUAGCUGCCAAAUGAAUGCUGUUAAAAUGUUGCGGGAACGUAUCAACAUAGUUUUAGCAUACGUGAACGACACACAUAAAGGGAUAAUUCCAUGGAACGAUGAAAUUCUCAGAGAUAUCAAUAAUCUUUGCCACAGACUUCCAGUUGUCAAUAACAAGAGAUAUUCUGAUGAUUAUUACAGACUAAAUAACGAUAUCGCUUUAGCUACUUACCUGAGUACUAUAACCAAAGUCACCAACACUCUCAACGAAUUUGUUCAAAGGUUCAAUAUAUUUUAUGAACACCACGGAAUGAGUCGAAAGAUAAGAGCAGCAUUCAUAAUAAAAAAGGACGAUUUGGUUCUUUAAACCAGCCCAAACCUGGAACCAUUCAUGUAAACUUUUGGGAUAAACAAAGUAUUACAUAAAAAAGGAUUUCUCUAUUACUCAAAGGUUUACCAAGUUUUAUUUCAUAAAACUAGUCUAAAUAACUGCAUUUAACGGAGUUCGUUUACUUCAAAAAAUUCAUUUUCUCCAAUAUUUCUCCAAUAAUCACCUCUUCUAAUUUUUGUUUGGCUUUUACAAUUACCUUCUCUGUCUACAUCUGUAAUGUAGCCUGGCAGCGAUUUAAAGGAGCUCCCAUCUCAUGUGAACCUUGUUACCUGUGGAAAUGUUUAACAUCUUUACCUUUACUUUCUUUGGGACAAUUUUCUUAUCUUUUCCCAAGUUUAUAUCCAUAAACAUUUUCAAGUUGUUGCCUGAUCUUGAUGAUGAUUUGCUACUGAUUCAGUUGCAGCCACUUCUGUUGAUGGUGAUAAUAAUAAUAAUGGCGAUGAAAUAAUAACAACAACGAGACAAUCUUACUCUUUAUCAACCAUUUUAGUCUUCACUAAAUUAUCAUACAUUAUUGUUACUUUGAUUCUCGCAUCUAUUUAAACUGGAAACUUUCUUAAUUCAUAUUUACUUAACAGUUCACACGAGUUCGUUUAUCCCUAUUUGAUUAGUAAUACAAUUAUUUGGACAAAUUUGGAUGAACACAAGUCUAAUGUUUCCGGUUUUAAGGUAUUUCUGCUCAUUCUUUUCAAGUAUAAAUCUUGUUUAUCACACGCUGUUAUAAAUAAUGUAACAAUUAAUGGGAAACAAAAGGUUAAUUAUCAUAUUAGUUCACCGUGAAUUAAUGUAAAGGUUAAAAUGAUACAGUUUUUUAUAAUGCAUUUAAAAUUGUCUGCCUUAAACAUUUACAUUUAAAGUCCACUUUAAGCAAGAAACGUUCAAGUGCAAAAAAGCGACAUCAUUCCUGACCAACUUGACCAAUUAUAAGGCAAACCAGAUAUGUAAACAGAUGAUACAGAAACAAAGGAAAGUAAAUUGUUAAUUAAUCAUCAAUAGAUUUGAUUUUCCCAUGCAAAGAUGGAUAACAACAGUAACAACAAAAAAGCAGGAACAAUUAACUAAAUUGGGUCAAUUGUUGAUGAAAAUUGUUAGAUGACAAGAUGAUGUUGAUUAAAAGGAAGAAGACGAGAAAGAUUGAAAAAUGGUGAAUACAAAGAAGCAAAUUAUAAUUAUUUUUGAUUCUAAAUUGUUAACUAACCUGUGCAUUACUUUCAUACGUUAAUUGUAUUAAAUGGAAAAGGUUAAAUGUAA